ACCCAUACGGAGGUUGAAGACUGAAUAGUGAAGAGUUGCAUUGCGGAAGAGCUAAGAGAGAAGAAGGAGAAAUGAAUACUGAUAUAACGGCGUCGGUGAAGCCGGAGUACCCGGUGAUAGAUCGGAAUCCUCCUUUUACGAAGACCGUUGCCAAUUUCAACACCCUUGACUACCUCCGCCUCACCACCAUCACCGGCGUCUCCGUCGUCGUCGGUUACCUUUCCGGGAUUAAGCCGGGAAUUAGGGGGCCGUCGAUGGUGACGGGAGGUUUGAUAGGGGUAAUGGGAGGUUUCAUGUACGCGUACCAGAAUUCUGCCGGGAGACUCAUGGGUUUUUUUCCCAAUGAAGGCGAGGUUGCCAAGUACAAGAAGUGAUUUUUUUUUUAUUUUCUUUUUUGGCCCCGGAGUUUCUGUCUUUUCUUGCCUUCUUAUUAAUGCUUCAUCGUGUUGGUAUUUCUGGUGGAAUUGAUCCCUAAGAGGGAUGAUUCCUUGUUUAGGUUUUAUUAUGUUUAAAUUUUCUGUAAGAAGCAUCUCACCAUGUUAUUAUGUUGCCUGACUAAUCAUAUUCUUGACAGCAACUAUCUUGACUUUAAUCUUCUUGGUUGUGUUUGUGGAUGGAACUAA